AUGGAAAACGCCUUAGAUGAGGUGAACACCGGCAUCUUUUAUGUAGAUCUCGAGGUGUCUUACUAUGGAGGACUGCUCUCCCCACACGUGCCUCACAGCCUGCUCCCUCUUUCCUCCUCCAAGACACGUGGCCGGCCCCUUAUCCUCUCCGGGAAAGACGCAAGGGGAAUCCUGGGGACCAGUCAGCAGUCGCCAGGUGGCGGCUCGUCCUUCAGCCUGGCGUCAGCGUCGGUCAUGGUGUCGAAUUUCCCGAGGAAUUUGGUCCGUGCUGAGCUGGAUCUGACGCUGACAGCACAUGGUGAUGACAGGGCGUACUUCAGUAACAUGCUGGAGAGUUACCACUCCGCCCUUCCUGACUCUCUCAAGGCGAACUUCGUCCCUGGAAGCCCGUACCGCGAGAUAGUCGUCUACAUAGAUGGAAGAUUCGCAGGAUCUUUCUUCCCCUUCCCCGUGCUCUCUCCCUCCUCCCUCCGCCGCUCCAUCUGGACCCCCGUGGUGGGGAUCGGGUGCUUUGCGUUGGAGCCAUACUCGUUAGACGUGACCCCGUUUGUGGGACUGCUUGCGGACGGGAAGAAGCACAAUGUUACUGUAGCGGUUUCUGGUGUGCUGCCCGGAGGGGUGUGGCUGGCAAGUGGGGUGUUCCGCUUAUGGCUGGACCCAAUUCUGCUGAAGACUUCAGCGAAAAUCACUGUCUUUGAUGUCCCAGCACUACAGUACUACGAGCCACCGCCCAACAUCUACACUGGCAUAGACGGAACCUUGGAGGCUACUGCCAUGCGGCGUUACACCAUUGGUGGGCGAAUCCUCACUUCUCGUGGGGUGGUUGCCAGCCUGGUGAAAGCCUACCAUGUGCUUCAGAGCCGCACUGAGGUGCUCGGGCAGCUGAAAUUUCUCAAGACGGAGUACAAUGUUGUCGCGAAUGUGACAACAAGGAGGGGCAGGCUGAGCGGAAUGCUGAUUGCAAAGGAUACAGUGACGCGUCAUUUCCCGUUGACCAUCACCCAGACAGUGUUUUCAGAUCAAGAUGGGAGUACUUCCUUCAAGCUCUCGCUCUCCCACAGCUUUCAGCAGCAGCACCUUCAUAAGGACGGCAACAGCCUCACGAAAUCCACUCAAGAAUCUCUCGUCAACUCCCAGACAUGCAACCUGCUUGAGUAUGGGAUCAAACGCUGA